GUUUGUAUCAAACGCUGUCAGUCACUCGAUGACAAAUGUUGAAUCAUGAACAUAAUUUUUUCGCCCCCAAUGUUCUUGUUACUUGUAGCUUAGCUCCUUUCUCUUCCUUCAUUUUUUCUUCUACUAGCAUGCUUUCUCACUAACGAGCGUAGAUAUUUUACCAGAGUACACUUUUCCAUAAAAUUGAAAAGUAGUACUUGUGACAGUCGAGACACAAUCUUUCCGCUCUGCCUAUCCGUUCAUCCUAUUGUUCCGAGAGAUUGAAGAAGACGAGAAUUGUGGUGUUGACACUCUGCACAGUCGAUGAUGUCCAGCGCGGACCAUGUCCUGCCUGGUAGUCUUGCGAGGCGGCAAGAGAAUGAAGAAGGGAUGGAGUAGUAUCUGCGAUCACGAACAAGUCAAGAAAGAUCUAUACGGAGCACUUGUGAAAGACAUAUUGAGUUCUCGAAGAUUUCCUCCCGAGGAGGGUUAUCUACCAGUAAUCUUCAUUCGCUAGCGUCUUUGCAAGAGUAUGUACCAAAAAGCCCUCAAUCGAGC